AUGGCAUCGAACCAAGCUUCGGAGAACUCUGUCGUGGCGGCAGCUGGAUCAAGUGAUGCUCCUCCUGAUGGUACAGGCGUAAUCCAACUCGACCCCUGGCUCGAGCCCUUCAAAGACGCCCUCAAACAUCGGUUUGCGAAAGCCCAGAAAUGGAUUAAGACAAUCAACGACACAGAGGGUGGCCUCGAAAAAUUCAGUCGAGGAUACGAGAAGAUGGGCUUCACCUUCAGCCCCAAUGGAGAUAUAACAUAUCGUGAAUGGGCACCAAAUGCCGAGCAAGCCUACCUGAUCGGAGAGUUCAACAACUGGAACAGAGACUCGCACCCGAUGAAGAAGAACCACUAUGGUGUAUGGGAGCUGCAUCUCCCUGCAAAAGAUGGAGUGCCUGCCAUACCUCACAAUACUAAGUUGAAGAUCUCCCUCGUCAUACCAGGAGGGGAAAGAAUAGAGAGGAUCCCAGCAUGGAUCACACGAGUCACGCAAGAUCUAUCAGUCUCCCCGGUGUACGAGGCUGUGCUCUGGAAUCCCCCAUCAUCGGAGAGAUAUGUUUUCAAAAACCCUCGCCCUCCGUAUCCCAAGAGUGUCAGGAUCUAUGAGGCUCAUGUCGGCAUCUCCUCGCCAGACCUCAAAGUCGCUACCUACAAGGAGUUCACAAAGAACAUGUUGCCGAGAAUCAAAUGGCUGGGCUACAAUGUCAUACAGCUGAUGGCCAUCAUGGAGCAUGCCUACUAUGCCAGCUUUGGGUACCAGGUGAACUCCUUCUUUGCGGCGAGUUCGAGAUAUGGCACUCCUGAAGACUUGAAAGAGCUCAUAGACACCGCACACGGCAUGGGCAUCACUAUCCUUCUAGACGUGGUCCAUUCACACGCCAGCAAGAAUACCCUCGACGGGCUCAACAUGUUUGAUGGCAGUGAUCAUCUCUACUUCCACGAAGGAGGCAAAGGUCGACACGAAUUGUGGGACUCGAGGCUUUUCAAUUAUGGUCACCACGAGGUCCUCCGCUUCCUUCUUUCUAACCUCCGUUUCUGGAUGGAAGAAUACCAAUUCGAUGGCUUCCGCUUCGAUGGUGUAACGUCCAUGCUGUAUACUCAUCACGGCAUCGGUACAGGUUUCUCAGGGGGCUACCACGAAUACUUUGGCCCUUCCGUUGACGAAGAUGGUGUUGUCUACCUUAUGCUGGCCAAUGAGAUGCUUCAUAACAUCUACCCCAACUGCAUCACAAUCGCUGAGGAUGUUUCGGGUAUGCCAGCGCUCUGCUUGAAGCUCUCGCUCGGAGGCGUGGGUUUCGAUUACCGCCUCGCCAUGGCUGUACCCGAUAUGUAUAUCAAACUACUGAAGGAAAAAUCCGACGAUGAGUGGGAUAUUGGAAACAUUGCGUUCACCUUGACGAAUCGUCGCCAUGGAGAAAAGACGAUUGCAUACUGCGAGUCGCAUGAUCAAGCUCUGGUAGGUGAUAAGAGUCUUAUGAUGUGGCUCGCCGAUGCAGAGAUGUACACACAUAUGUCGACGCUGACAGAAUUCACACCUACCAUCGAGCGUGCCAUGGCCUUGCACAAGAUGAUCCGGCUUGUCACCCAUUCUCUUGGUGGUGAAGGGUAUCUCAAUUUCGAGGGCAACGAGUUUGGACAUCCCGAAUGGCUCGAUUUCCCGCGCGCGGGAAACGACAAUUCCUUUUGGUAUGCGCGUCGCCAACUAAACUUGACCGAUGACCAUCUGUUGAGAUAUAAGUUCCUCAACGAAUUCGACAGAAGCAUGCAAUGGACCGAGGAAAAGUAUGGAUGGCUACACUCACCACAAGCGUAUGUCUCUUUGAAGAACGAGCUUGACAAAGUUCUGGUAUUCGAACGUGCUGGACUCCUGUGGAUUUUCAAUUUUCAUCCGACCAGGUCCUACACAGACUAUCGCGUAGGCGUCGAGGUGCCAGGCGUGUACAGGAUUGUGCUUGACACCGACGACCCCCAGUUUGGUGGCCUAGGACGCAACGCGAAGGAGACGAGGUUCUUCACCACCGAUAUGCCGUGGAACAAUCGCAAAAACUUCACGCAGGUUUAUAUCCCAACCAGGACCGCUCUGGUAAGUCCAGCCGAAAUCUUUCCUGAUACUCUAGAACGCGAGCUAACGUGUAUGUGUGUACGUGUAGGUUCUGGCUCCUGA